AUGUUAAUUACAGCACAGGAAAUGUCAACGGCAGUCACGAAUACAUUGACAGCCGCCGCAGCCGCUGCAGCCGUUGCGAUGGCAUCGACUAUGGAAAAUAAUACAGUCUACUCCUACGAUAUCGCCGCAUCGAACGUGCUCUAUCAAUGGAGCGCAGCGGCGGCAAGUGGGGCACGUGUUGUUGCCACCGCCGACCCAUUGCCCACAGCAUCCGCCUACGCAUCCGCAUCCGCGUCCGCAUCCGCAUCGAUAGCCACAGUGGAGCGUGUGCCUGGAUUGAUUGGAGCCUCUCCCGUCAGCUUCAAUGGGACACCUUUUCUGCUCGUGGACUAUGCGACGAGCAUGAACGACAGCCUCGACUACGCCUCGCAUCAGCAGCAGUUGAACGGCAGCGGUUGCCCGGCGGACAGCAAUAUUUCCUAUUGGAAUAUCACUUGCGAUUCGCCAUUGGAGUAUGCAAUGCCCCUAUACGGCUACUGUAUGCCCUUCCUGCUCUUCAUGACCAUAAUAUCAAAUUCGCUGAUUGUACUCGUGCUCAGCAAGAAGAGCAUGGCCACGCCUACCAAUUUUGUGCUAAUGGGCAUGGCCAUAUGCGAUAUGCUGACGGUUGUAUUUCCAGCCCCCGGCCUAUGGUAUAUGUACACAUUCGGCAAUCAUUAUAAGCCGAUGCAUCCGGUCUCCCUCUGUCUGGCCUACAGCAUUUUCAAUGAUAUAAUGCCUGCAAUGUGCCACACUAUAUCCGUCUGGUUGACUCUCGCCCUGGCUGUGCAAAGAUACAUUUACGUUUGCCACGCCCCCAUGGCACGCACCUGGUGCACGAUGCCACGAGUGAAGCGUUGCACCUUCUACAUAGCGCUGCUGGCGUUUAUGCAUCAGUUGCCGAGGUUCUUCGAUCGCACCUAUUUGCCGGUGGACAUCGAAUGGAAUGGCCAUGAGACGGAAGCUUGCCGCGUGGAGACAGCGAUGUGGGUGCACGAAUAUAUUGGCGUGAAUCUCUAUUAUACCAGCUAUUAUCUGUUUCGGGUUCUAUUUGUGAAUCUGCUGCCAUGCAUUGUGCUGGUGACGUUGAAUAUCCUUUUGUUUGCGGCACUGCGUCAGGCGCAGGAGAGACGCAAGUUGUUGUUCCGCGAGAAUCGAAAGAAGGAGUGCAAAAAGUUGAGAGACUCUAAUUGCACCACAUUGAUGCUAAUUGUGGUUGUCUCCGUUUUUCUCAUUGCCGAAAUACCGAUUGCUGUGGUCACGGCCAUGCACAUUGUCAGCUCGCUGAUCAUUGAGUUCCUCAACUAUGGUAUUGCCAAUAUCUUUAUCAUGUUGACCAACUUCUUUCUGGUGCUAAGCUAUCCGAUUAACUUUGGCAUCUACUGCGGCAUGUCGCGUCAGUUCCGUGAGACGUUCAAGGAGAUAUUCAUGGGUCGCAAUGCCGGCAAGAAGGACAGCUCCUCCAAGUACUCCAUUGUCAAUGGACAGCGCACCUGCACCAACACCAACGAGACGGUCCUCUAGUAAUUGGUGAUGUUGGUGCCGCGGCGGGGCAGCAGCGAUCAUCACCGCAGCCAUGCCGUUUGCACAGCACUUGCCGACAGCUCGUCGCCGCAGCAUCAACAUCAUCAUCAUCAUCAUCAUAAUCAUCUUCAUCAUCAUCAACAGCCACAGCAACGUCGCACCAGCAACAUGGAAAUAAUCGAUGAGGAGCGCAACGUCUAAGUUUUCCCCCAACGGGUGAAUACUCUUGGUUUCAAACCAUCAACAAAA